AUAAUUUUAAUGCUAAGAAUGAAUAUAUGACUAAAUAUCCCAAAAAAAAAAAAAAAACAUCAAUCUUCGUCAACAUAUACUGCACAACCGUGCCUCCCGCUAAAAACCUCAGUACUACUGACACAAAAAUAAAAAUAAAAAUAAAACCACAAGUACAAUACACCACCACAAGUAAAUAUAUAAAACCACAGUACAAUACUCUAUACCACCACAAGUAAAUUAGUAACUCUUUGAGGGACAUUCUCGUCCAUAAUCUCCUAUAUAAACUCUCAAGUGUUCACUCUCAUCUCUCAUGUAAGUGCAACUCUACCUUGAACUGAGAGCUAAACAAAGAAAAAAGGUAGAGAAAAGCAAUUAAUAAGAAGAUGAUAACAGCAGAAGAUUUCUACAAAGUCACCUGUGCAAUUGUCCCGCUAUACUUUGCAAUGCUGGUGGCCUAUGCCUCUGUCAAAUGGUGCAAAAUAUUCACACCGGAGCAGUGCUCCGGCAUCAACCGCUUCGUCGCGGUUUUCGCCGUUCCGGUGCUGUCUUUCCACUUCAUAUCCCAAAACAACCCUUAUCAGAUGGACACCAAGUUCAUAUUGGCUGACACUUUCUCUAAGCUCUUGGUCCUUGCUUUGCUCUCACUUUGGGCAAUUUUCUUCAAGGCAGGAGGUCUUGACUGGCUUAUCACUCUCUUCUCAUUGGCCACUCUGCCCAAUACACUGGUCAUGGGCAUCCCUUUGCUCAAGGCCAUGUAUGGUGAUUUCACUCAAUCCCUCAUGGUUCAAGUGGUUGUGCUUCAAUGCAUAAUAUGGUACACACUUUUGCUCUUCCUCUUUGAAUACAGAGCAGCCACACUACUCAUCCAAACGCAGUUCCCAGGACCCACCGCCGCAGCCAUAACGAAGUUCGAAAUCGAUGACGACGUUAUCUCCUUAGACGGCCGAAACCCGCUUUGUACGGAGUCGGAAACCGACGAUAACGGCCGUAUCCGGGUCCGCAUCCGACGCUCCACGUCAUCACUCCCUGGCUCCUCAGCUCUAUCAUCCUCCAUGGGUCUCACUCCCAGACCAUCAAACCUUUCCAACGCCGAAAUUUUCUCAAUCAACACACCUCACCAUGCAAACCAUGACUUCACGUUGGGGCAUGGUGACGUGGCGUUUGGGUAUCGAUCCGCAAGCCCUCAAUUUUCCACCGGCUACGCGUCUUCUGAUGCGUACUCGCUACAGCCGACGCCGCGUGCGUCGACUUUUAAUGAAAUGGACACGACGACUGUCGCCACCACGGCCAACACUCCGGUUUGGGGGAGGUCUCCUGUGGCCGGAAAGUUUUCCCAGCAGCCUUCGCCGGCGUUUAGCGGCGUGAGGAUGGUGUGGGAGUCGCCGGUGAAAUGUGAAAGUGGGGAUCAGAUACAACAAGGUCGCAAAGAGGUUGGAGAGAAAGAAAUCAGCUUCAGAGACUGCACCAAAAUCCCAAUGCCAGAGGAGGCAGAUACGAAGGCCGCAGCAACUAAUCAAGAAAUGCCAAGUGCCCUAGUCAUGCUAAGGCUUAUACUAAUCAUGGUUGGAAGAAAGCUUUCCCGCAACCCAAACACAUACUCAAGUGUCUUAGGCCUUGUCUGGUCUCUCAUCUCAUUCAAGUGGGAUGUGGGGAUGCCGAAUUUGGUGAAAUAUUCCAUAAAAAUAAUAUCCGAUGCAGGUCUAGGGAUGGCGAUGUUCAGUUUAGGGUUGUUCAUGGCCCUUCAGCCUCGGAUUAUUGCGUGUGGCACAAAAAGGGCAACAAUGGGGAUGGGGAUCCGUUUUAUUUGUGGGCCUCUUCUAAUGUCUGCUGCCUCUGUCACCACUGGUCUAAGAGGAGUAAAACUUCAUGCUGCCAUAGUUCAGGCAGCGCUUCCACAAGGAAUAGUACCAUUUGUCUUUGCUAGGGAAUACGGGCUGCAUCCUGACAUUUUGAGUACAGGGGUUAUUUUUGGGAUGCUAGUGUCCUUACCAGUAACGCUCCUCUACUACAUACUUCUAGGGUUGUAUUAAUGGAAAAACACAAGAAGAUGAUAAUAAAAAAGAAAAAGUCUGCAUUUUCAGCUAAAGCAUAUGAACUGAAUCGUCUAAGUGCCAAAGUGUUAUGGACAGAAAAGAAUGCUCUCUGAGGUUUGGUGUCAUAGUAGUACAUAGACUAGUGGUGGCCGAAAGGAAGAUGGAAAUCAUGGCUUAUGAUUAAGGUAGGAGACUUAUUUUUCUUCUUGGGGUUGGGUAAAGUUUCCCCGACCAAACCAUGUAUUUUGACUCAAGAAAAAAGAAAAGGAGAAGAAAAAGGCUAAAUCAUGUUGUUCCUACUAUUUGUUCUUUUUUUUUUUCUUCCCCUUUAAUAUUUAAAGCAAUUAUCAUACAA